AACACAGGAGGAAAGCAGAAGAGUCCAUGAGCCAGCAUGCUGAUAGACGUCCCCCGUUCGUCUCUAAUCUGCAUGCAGACAACUUCUUUGUGGAUAUUUGGAUUUCCUCACCAUAGCAACAGAGCUGCAAAACCGUGCCGUACGAUCUCUCAUCAGAAAGAGUCGUGCCUGGGGAUCGCACGGCAGAGAGGAAAAGGACUCCCGCGCUUAAACCUCUGAUGAAAAUUUUCCUCAUUAUGACCAUGACAGCUCACUUACAACAGCUCCCAAGCGCCAAGGGUCACAUUCACAGUCACCGGUCGAGCGGUCGUUCCUGCCUUCAGCUGAGAGACAAAUGGAGGGAUGCAACAAUUUCAUUGUUUGCUCACCAGAACGGAGCCUCUGCAUGUUGAAUCCUUUCGUGUCAGACAGCCAAGAUUCUGUCAUCGCCUCACGACUGCGAGAGGAAGCCUGGAAGCGCCCCUCCUCCUCCUCCACGUUGCCUUUGAAUUUUUACUCAAUCUGCCUCUCUGGUUUCUGUUUACCUCCGUGUGCUGAUAUCUCCUCCCCUUUCUCUCACUCUCUCAUGCUUUCUCUCUCCCUCCCACAGCAUGCAAUUUCUCCUCCCCUCUCGCCUUCAAAACCAGCCGUCUGCUCACCACUUUAAGGUUGCUUGCUUGAUGCUCUCCCGGAAAAACAGCGUACGCUGCCCUCUCCAGCAUCUCCAUGUGGAAGCUACUUUAGAAUUUCUUACCCAAGACAGCAGGAUGCUCCUGUGCUGGCACUGAAUUCUCCACUCAUCUUCUCACUUUCCCCUUCCCCUCCCCUUUCCUAAUCUCCUGCCCUCUGACCUUCAUCACCCCAUCACCUGUUCCUCUCCCUGUUCCCUCUCAUUUUUGUCCCUCUUUCUUGACCAUGUUGCCAUGUGUCUGCCGGUUCCAGCCUGUCCUUGCCUUGCUGUCCUUUACUUUGUUGACUCAAGGGGAAAACUGUCCAGUGAUCUGCCUGUGUCCAGACCCUCACACUGUAGACUGUAGCGGACGAGGGCUCACCCGACUACCAGACGAGAUACCGCUGGAUGUAAGGAGGCUGCUGCUGGCCGACAACUGGAUCCCACACAUUCCCUCGGACUUCCUAGUGCUCUACAGUGACCUGGUCUAUCUGGACCUGCGCAACAACUCGCUCUCGCACAUUGAGCCGGGAACCCUUAGCACGUCCUCCAGGUUGGUUUUCUUGGACCUCGGCUGCAACAACCUGACAGAGAUCCCCAAAGGGACUUUUGGAGAGUCGAGGAGUUUAAUAAAGUUGCGUCUUGGCAAUAACCCUUACCUAAGCAUGGUCAACGAAGAUGCCUUCACGGGUCUUACAUCCUUGCGCGAACUCGAACUUGAACGCAAUGCCCUUUCUGGGCUACAGGUGGAAGCGCUGAACCAGCUGCCCUCCCUCCGGAUGGUCCGGUUGGAUGGCAACCCCUGGGUGUGUAACUGCAACUUUUCCAACCUGUUUACUUGGCUGGGGGAGAACAGUCACAAGCUUCCCAAUGGUAUAGAGGGAAUGGAAUGCUCCUUGCCCAACGAUGGCCGCCGAGUGCCUCUCAGCCUUCUCUCCCAGGACAGUUUUCGGGAGUGUCAGAUCACCCUGACUCUCACCGAUUUCCUCAUCAUCAUCUUCUCGGGCAUCUCCGUCUCCGUGGCCGCCAUCAUGGCUAGCUUCUUCCUGGCUUCCACCGUACACUGUUUCCAGCGCUGGAGCAAAGGAAGCAAAGGGGACGAGGAGGAGAAUGAAGAGUGAGAUGGAGAUGGGUUUCCCUUAAUCUGAUUCAGAGCUGCAGACCUGGACAUGAAGGAGCUUAAACUUCAUGACUGAACAGAUAGCUGUUAUAACGUCACCUGAGAUGGCAUGGAUGGGUGAAGUGGUCACAAACCAAGAUUUAAAGUUGGACAAGUAUGGACAUAGCACCCUCAGAAUUUAGGGAUUUUUGGUAUAACGGUAAGCCUUAGUAUGCAAACUUCCAGGGAUUCCUGCGUUAAAGGACAUUCUUGAAUAUCUUGUCCUCCAGCUAAAUUCUCUGUGUUGAGUACUGUCGUCUGUAAAGUUUCUCUUAUUGUAGUCAAUAUACAGUAAAGCUAGCAAAACUGUACUCAAACUGUACUACUUCAUAAUUGUGCCAAAUUAGCACAGAUAGACAGCAAUGGUUGAGCAAAGUAUUUAUCGUUUGACAGAAAGUCAAAAAGGGCAGGUUAGAAGUCAAAUGUUGCCAUUAUAGCUUUAUGCAGCCAGAAUAUGCGAUGGGAGCCAUUUUACUUGGAUUUUACAUGGAUUUUAAAUGGCAUUAUCAUUAUCGAGAUAUUUAGAGUAGAGCUUAAUGUGACUAGCCGUUUCGAAUACUGCACUUUAAAGCGGUUCAAGUUGUGCUGGCCGUCAAGGCACCAAGUAGACUGGUUUCACCCAGAUCUGCCAAAGAAUGCUGAGACUGAGGGACGAUGUUAAUGUGAAUAUAGAUUUAUUUUUCUUUAAAAAAGUCUGUGAUCUUAGCAAGAUGACAUUUAUUCAGCAUAAAUAUGGUUCUCUCAUAUUUACCCUUAAAGAGACUUCUAAACACAAUAUAUAUGAGAUUACAUGAGAUUAUGAGAGUAUAUACUACUGGUCUACAAAUGUCUUUGUGUCGUUUAUGUCUUAAAGGUAUAUUGGCAAAAGGAAUACAGUGGCCCUGCUUAUUUGGACUUGAAGUAAUGCAAAGGCAGCAAUCAUACUCAGAGAUUACACUAGAAUCUUAGUUGUGCGUUUAAAUAUAAACAAUAGAUUUACAAUUCUAAAUUAAGACUAAUCCUGUGUGAUUGACAAAAUGUACAAUAUGCCCAUAGUUAAUUUAGACCUGUGGUCAUUUUGUGUAAAUCUGACUACAUCCAGUGCAAAUAUCCUUUAGUACAUUUGGUUAAACGUAAUUACAAACAUUCUCAAUUUAAAUCAAAUUUCAAUUCUGUAAAAAGGUUUGGCAUCAUAUCUUUGGACAUCUUUUAUCAACAGUAUGAAUGGCUUACAUGUCCAAAUACUUUUUGGGGCCACUGUACAUUUAUGUGUCUUCUGAUUGCUGUCUAGUGUCAAUAAUAAUAUACAGUCGUAUCUAAAUGGCAUACAUUUCAUACUGUCAGUAUCAUCAAGCAACUUUGUCUGUAGGUCUUAAUUGAACGAUAGAUUACCAUUGGAAAUAAUUCGAAUGGUAUUGAAUGUCAGAUAAAGACCUUGGAUUGUUUGCUUUUGUUUUUCCUUACACUAUAUGACCAGAAUUAUGUGGACGCACUGAAACCACAUCCAUAUGUCUAUGGUGAGCUUUCAUUUCAAGUUGGACCCGCCUACCAGCCUCAAUGUUCUCCCAUUGAAACACAGAGAGUAUCCGCGAGGUCAGGGACGAAUGUUGAGCGAUGCGGGUCUGGCUCACAGCCAGCAUUCCAAUUGAUCCUGAAGGUGUGUGCUUGGGUUCAGGUCUGGGCUUUGUGUAAGCCAGUCAAGUUCUUCCACACCAGACUCUGUAAAUCAUUUCUUAAUGGACCCUGCAUUGCACAUCGGGACAUUGUUAUGCUGGAACAGAAACCAAAUGGUUUUCAAACUGGUGGACGCACACAUUUCUCUAUGUUGUCCCUGAAUGCUGUAGCAUUACGAUUUAAGGGCCCAUUCAUUAUCAUGGCGUCCACGUGCUUAAGGUCAUGUAGUGCGUUUUGUAACGAUCAUAUUUGUUUCAUAUCCUUAUUUUAAAGGGCUUCAUGUGUCUUUAACAUGUCAGAUGGGGAAUUUGUAAGAGUUGGUUUAUUAUGAUGUUAAUACAUUCAUUAAUUCCUCUUAUGUGUUGACAUAUGUGAUCCUGGACAACAAAACCAGUCUUAAGGGUACUUUGUUCAAAAUUGAGAUUUUUGCAUCAUCUGAUAGCUGAAGAAAUAAGCUUUCUAUUGAUAUAUGGUUUCUUAGGAUAGGACACUAUCUGGCGGAACAACAACUGUUAACAAAGCUGAAAUCUGAGGGUGCAAAAAAAGCUAAAUAUUGAGAAAAUGGCCUUGGAAGUUGAUAAUCUGAGGCACCGUAGCAGGCCAUCCACUCACAAAAUGAAAGUUUUUAUACAUUUACGGUGGGAAAUUUAUAAAAUAUCUGUAUGUAAUAUGAUCUUUAAUUAAUAUCCUAAUGAUUCCCAAAAAUCAUUUAUUUUUAUUUUUACCCCUACAAUGUAUUUUUGGCGAUUACUAAAAAUGUUCCCGUACUAUUUAAGAAUGGUUUUGUUGUCCAGGGUCACAUAUAAGGUUUUCUGUUCCCACUGCAUCUGUCCAGGAACAGAUGCUGUUGAUGUGCUAUUCUGAGAGCAAGUGGCUAUAUUUUCCCAAGUAUCGCAACUUCAUUUUUGCUCUGCAUGAAUAAUUGAUUGGAUCUGUGAAAUGAAGAAGACAAUGUGCUUGCUGUCUCAAAUAUUGGAGGAAACCAUCAUGAAAGAGCCGCUUUUUUAUUUUAUUUUGAGAACAUUACAUUCUGUCUCGGAAAUCUUAGUUUGUUGGAUGUGGCAAGUAUCAUAUUAAUGUAAUGUAAAUGUUCUAGUGUUAAAACACGGUUUUGCACAACUGAAUCUUUUAAAGCUGGACUGUAGCAUGAUAUUAUCAGGAAAAAUCCAAACUGCAGCUAUAGUACCUGUGAUAUAUCAUAAUUUUAGAUGUUUUUUAUCACACAUGUACAUCAAAUAUUUACAGCUGUGCUCAUCCAUUCCCGAAAAUCCUUUGUUGUGUCGGCAGGAUUGACUUUGAUAAAUGUGUCACUAUAAAUGAGGCACAUCUUGGAUUUCCGAAGAAAGUAAAUUACGAUGUGCUCAUUGUGGUUCUGAAUUCAAUUUGUGUAUGGUUUGAAACAAGCCCGGAGCUCCUGACAUCAGUUACUCCCUGUGUCAUGACUGUCACAUUGAGAAAUAGUGAAAAUGUCUAUGUGUUGCAUAAUUAACAUGGAGUAGAUGUCCAUCUGUCUUAACUGAACACCAUGUAUACCUAUAGAAUACCAACUACUAUGUAGUUUAAGUAAAAAGAAAGUGGAAAAUUAUAUAUGGGGGUUUUCUUUCCUGCAUGAUUCAAGACGACAUCAUCCAAUACUUUUGAUUUUGUCCAUUUGGAAGUACACUGUUGAUGAAAUAUAUGAAACAGUAAACUAUUUUGAUUGAUCUUUAAUUUAUUUGUGUUCCUUAUUUUUUGAUUUCCUUAAAAACACAAUGUGAAUAUAACAUUAUUGCUUAAUUUCGCAAAUAAAGUGUAAACACUGA